UCCCCCUCGCCGGCUCGGCUGUGGGUGCGGAGCCGGCCGGGUGAGGAGGCGGGUUAACGUCGGCGCUGUCGCCGCUGCUGCCGCCCCUCCUCCUGUUCCAGCCGCCGCCGCCGCUUCACGGCCGAGUUCUCGCGGCCUCGGCGGCGCCCGGCGUGUCCAGCUGCGCGGCCCGCACCCGCGUCCGCCCCGCCGCCGCGAUGGCGACUCGCUCGUGCCGGGAGAAGGCGCAGAAGCUGAACGAGCAGCACCAGCUCAUCCUGUCCAAGCUUCUGAGGGAGGAAGACAACAAGUACUGCGCCGACUGCGAGGCUAAAGGUCCUCGAUGGGCUUCCUGGAAUAUUGGUGUGUUUAUUUGCAUCAGAUGUGCUGGCAUCCAUAGGAAUCUUGGGGUUCAUAUAUCCAGGGUCAAGUCAGUCAACCUAGACCAAUGGACACCGGAACAGAUCCAGUGCAUGCAAGAUAUGGGAAAUACUAAAGCAAGACUACUAUAUGAAGCCAAUCUUCCAGAGAACUUUCGAAGACCACAGACAGAUCAAGCAGUGGAAUUUUUCAUCAGAGAUAAAUAUGAAAAGAAGAAAUACUACGAUAAAAAUGCUAUAGCUAUUACAAAUAUUUCCUCCUCUGAUGCUCCUCUUCAGCCUUUGGUAUCCUCUCCUUCUCUACAAGCUGCUGUUGAGAAGAACAAAUUAGAGAAAGAAAAAGAAAAAAAAAAGGAAGAGAAAAAGAGAGAAAAGGAGCCAGAAAAGCCUGCAAAACCUCUUACAACUGAAAAGCUGCAGAAGAAAGAAGAUCAGCAAUUGGAGCCUAAAAAAAGUACCAGCCCUAAAAAAGCUGCAGAGCCCACUGUUGAUCUGUUAGGACUCGACGGCCCUGCCGAGGUGCCAGUGACUAAUGGGAACACGGCCACGGGACAGGGCUUGAACGAUGAUCUGGACAUCUUUGGACCGAUGAUUUCUAAUCCCUUACCUGCAACUGUCCUGCCGCCAGCUCAGGGGACGUCCUCUGUACCAGCAGUUGCCGCUCUGUCUGCAGUGACAUCUGGGGAUCUGGAUCUAUUCACUGAGCAAACUACCAAGUCAGAAGAGGUAGCCAAGAAACAGCUCUCCAAAGACUCCAUCUUGUCUCUGUAUGGCACGGGGACCACCCAGCAGCAGAGUGCUCCUGGUGUGUUUAUGGGACCCACAAAUAUACCGUUUCCCUCACAAGCACCGGCUGCAUUUCAAGGCUUCCCGUCCAUGGGCGGGCCUGUGCCUGCAGCUCCUGGCCUUGCGGGAAGCGUGAUGGGGCCGAGCGCGGGCGUGAUGGUGGGCGUGCCCCUGCCCAACGGCUUCAUGGGAAACGCACAGACUGGGGUGAUGCCACUUCCGCAGAGUGUGGUCGGCCCCCCAGGAGGGAUGGUGGGACACGCGGGUGCAGCCCAGAGUAAGUUUGGCCUGCCGCCAGCUCAGCAGCCCCCAUGGAACCUCUCCCAGGUGAACCAGCAGAUGGCUGGCCUGAGCCUGGGCGGCGCAAGCCCCGCGGCAGGCUUCAGCCAGCCCCCCAGCACCACGGCGGGGGCAGCGGGGUGGUCGGGGGCCUCGUCAGGUCAGACGCUCAGCACGCAGCUGUGGAAGUGACCCUGCAGCACGGCCCACCGCGCUCCCCCUGACAUUCCUGCGGAGAUGCAGCCGGGUUCCCCUGUUCAUUCGUGUACAUAAUUUUUUUUUCUUUUCUCCCCAUUUGUUCAUAUUAAGAGUUAUCUGAUUGAUUGACCGUGUUGGUCUGUACUGAUGGAUUAAAUUUGCUGUGGUGAAAAGCAGGCUGAGAAACCAUUUCAUGUCGAGGGCAGCUCUUGCUCACAUUUCCCAGGAUUUCAUAGACACCGUAUCUGGGAAGCUGCUCGGUCAACGUGCAUGAUCAGUUUCCCUCUCGAGGAAAUUGUAGCUCUCAUGUUUGCAUAUAAGGGAAGUAGCUAUCAUGUUUCUUAGUAAUACCUCUAACAGUAUGACCCCACCCCCAGAUUAGCCAGUAAUCCCGUAGGAAGGUACUGUAUGAUCAAAUGUUUAAUCAUAUAAAUAGAAUGUCAAUGUAUCACUGAGCACUGUUUUCUAGUGUAUCCAGAUUCUUUUAUGUCAUCAUUCACGUCACUGUGCUGUUGCUAUGAUGUGCUUAACCGGGAACGUGGUUAGAGAAAGGAAGAUAAACCUGGAUGUUACUACAAAGUUAGUUGUUUAACGAAUGUUUGAAGAAGUCAGAUUUUACCUGCCUCCCUUGUAAUUGGGAUCUCCUCCUAUGUACACGUAGCGCUAACAAACACGAGACCUUUCUCUGCACUAGAUGCAAACAGGGUAACUAAACAAGCCACUUCAACCCUUGAAGGCGUAUCCAGGUUUAUGACAGUAAUUGUGUUUACAUUUUAUGGUGCCUAGUACUGACAGAUGUCAUAUCCCUGUAUUAAACAGAUGAAUCCAUA